AUGCCCGCUGAAAAGCGCCCAAGCGACACAAAACCAAGUCGACACAGCACAGACUGGAAUGCACUGAGGAAGAGGAGCCUAGAGCCAGGCGGGUUUGGAGAGGACAGGGUGGAUCUCUGGCCUAAACUUCUCAACGUUUCACCGGAGAAAGCGCACAAGGUUUACCAGGAUGCCAAACUUGAGGACCCGCAACCGGAAACAUCACCUCACCAGGACGAACGACAGAUCGGUCUCGACACGGACCGCAGUUUCGUUCUCUAUCCAGUGGACCCAAAGCAAGAUAGAGAGGCCCUGCAGUCCAACCUGAAUGCACUCCUGGUAUCCCUCUUCCGGAAACGACCACGAUUGAGCUACUUUCAGGGAUAUCAUGACAUUGUUACCGUUCUCUUCCUUACGUUGCCUGCAGAGAUGCAUCUUGCGUGUGUAGAGAAGCUCAGCCUACAUCGACUGCGGGACUCGAUGGGGACUGGUUUAGAGCCAGUGCUGGGGCUGCUAAGAGUGACGAAACACCUGUUAAAAUUGGCCGAUUAUGACUAUGAGAAAACUCUCGAACAGAGCUCGCCGUUACCCUUUUACGCGUUAUCCAACCUUUUAACACUAUUCUCGCACGACAUGCCUACACUCCCACUUAUCCAACACGUUUUUGACUACUUGCUUUGUCGACCACCUAUAGCGGUGGUGUACCUCGCUACUGCCAUCAUUCUGUCGCGUAAGGAGGAGGUGAUACGGCUGGAGGAAGAGGGCGAGGAUGGCAUGAUUCAUUCAUUGCUCAGCAGUCUGCCGAAUCUCGCAGAUGGAGCGCCUGAGAUGCAGAAGUCGGACGUGGAGGAAAAAUAUUCCCCAUGGAAUAAGCGCGAGACAGAGUCAGACGGCGACUGCGACAACACCUUUUUCAAGGAGGAGGAUAACGUUGGAGAAUGGCCCCAACCACGUACACUCGAAACGUCGGCCCACCCUGCAUCUUCCACACCAUACGUCAAAAUAGAGGGCGACGAACAGAGUCUAGAGCAUCUAUCACUAAACGCCAAUAACGUUAACCUCGAGCCUUCCGAUAUUCGCAGGGAUGCGGCAGCCGCUGAUGAUAAUGACGACCGUGAAAUUUCCUCGGAAAGUCGCGCACCCGGACCCAAUAGCCCCCAGGAAGGAAAUACAGCUGUGAAUGGCUUAACGUCGCUGGCAAUAGACAGCAAGCGCAAGCAUAUACCGUCCGAACAUGAGGGCGAGGAUGAGGGCGAAGAUGGGGAUGGGAAACUGGAUUGCAGGUUGGACACGAGAUUGCGUCGAGAAAAUCCGGAGAUUCCAGCGAAUGCUGAAGCUGCAGCCCUUCAACCCGUCAAACUGGAGCACGACGCAGACGGCGCUCGAGUCGCUGAAAAUUCUGAUAAGGGCACCCAUCUGCCCUUGUCGGAAGCAAAUGCGGAAACAGGCGCCUCGGACAGACAUUCGAGUUUACGGCGACCUCAGCUCGACCUGACCGACCUUCUGAAGCGGGCUGACGAACUGUACGAACUGUAUCCUCCGUCACAUUCUGGGCUUGCUCUGUCGUCCAUCAUGGGUCCGCAGAGUGUCGUCUACACCUGGUCCGAGUCGCCUUCAGCCUUGCCGUCAGACAAUACAGCAGAGGCGAUGGUCCAGCACCCCGAGCUCGUGGUCUACCCUCACGUCGAGCCUUCCGACACGGACAAGGAAUCAGACUCCUUUGCUUACGAGAAAGGUGGCCGGAGAGGCAAGGGCAAGGGCAAAGAAACAGGAGGCCCAAACAAGUUGCGGGGGAAGCGCCGCCACCGCCUCGGGAAGUCGCCGUUUCGCUAUAUGGAGAAAAGGACGACGGUCGUCGCCGGCACCGUGCUCGUUGUGGGCGUGGCAAUGGCAGUAUACGGCAUCCGUGCGCGGAACGCAGGGGCGGGAACUGGGGCUGGGGCUGGUGGGCCCCUCGGAGGGGUCCUCGGAGGCAAUGACGGACAUGGUUCGGGCUUUAGCUGGGGGUUCGGGUUGUUCCAUGGGCUUGCCGACGGGGGUGACAUCCAUGUGGUGCCUCUUAGCGCGAAGGACUGGAGGCGCCUGGGAGGGCGCGUCGGUGGGGCGCUUGUGGGGAUGAGCGAGAAGAUCAUGAACGGAUUAUCGUCGGGCUCAUGA